UUUGACAGUGACAGCUGAUAGAAGUUCAUUGACAUGAGUGACAAGACAAAACAAAAUGUCUUUCGUGUUUUCAUUUAGGAAUAUUUAAAAUAUUACAAUGAUUCCUAGCUUCCAAUAGCUAUAUGAGUAUUUCUGCAUUUCCAUACAGUACAGGUUUUUUGGUUAAUUGUUUUGAGGUUAUCCCGGCCGCCAUGGAUUCUUGUAUCGGAGUUGAACAAGAUUUGGACAAAGCGUUAACUAAAUUCAAUGGUUUACACGAACACGCAAACAAGUGCCUCGAGGAUGUUAUUAAACAGGUUGAAGAGCUGAAGAAAGAAAUAGCUAAUCAGCCUGCCAACUCACCGCUAUCACAAGAGCAGUCCGCAGCCGUGAGCGAGCUGGUGGCUUCCAUCAAGCAAAAUGUUUCUAAUCUCUCUACAGAUCACAGAGAGCUGCACGCGACGGUGUCCCGCGUGGGCAAGUCCAUCGACCGUCACUUCAUCGCGGACUACGCGUCCGUGGCCCCCAAGGCCGAGAGCUUCUGCAAUGAUGCCAAUCGGCCUAUCAUGGAGCAGGCCAUAGCGCAACAUCUAUACCGACAGGGUCUUGAAGAGGCCGGGGAUGCAUUCGUGGCCGCCUCCGGGUGCGGGCCGGUAGCCCGAGCGUGCACGUUCGCGCUGCUGCAACGCUGCGCCGCCGCCUUGGCCGAGGGCGACCCCUCUGCUGCAUUAGAGUGGGCGGAGCGCCAUGCGGCGGACUUACAGCAUAGCCCGUUGCCGUUUACUCUACAUCGUAUGCAAGCUCUAAAGCUGGGGCGCGAGCAGGGCGUGGGCGCGGCCAUAGAGUACGUGCGCUCGGUGUUCCCGGCGCACGCGGCGCGGCACGAGCGCGCGCUGCAGGCCGCCGUGUGCGCGCUGGCCUGGUGCGCGCCCGGCGCGCCGCCGCCGCCCAACCACUACCGCCACCUGCUCGACCCCAAGGCGCUGGGCGCGGAGGCGGGCGAGCUGUUCGUGCGCGAGGCGUGCACGCUGCUGCGCCUGGCGCCGCUGUCGCCGCUCGCCGGCGCCGUGCUGGCGGGCGCGCGCGUGCUGCCCGCGCUGCACGACCUGCGCGCCAAGAUGACGCACCCGCACGUCGUGGCCGCCUGGGCCGACGAGGAGCUGCCGCUAGAGGUGGACCUCGGCGAGGACGGCGGCGGCUACCACUCUGUCUUCGCCUGCCCCAUACUUCGCCAGCAGGCUUCGGAACACAACCCUCCCAUGAGGCUGUUAUGCGGACACGUCAUCUCCAGAGACGCGCUGAAUAAGCUCGCCAUGGGCGUGAAGUUGAAAUGUCCGUACUGUCCGAUGGAGCAGUCACCGUCGGAAGCCCGCCAGAUCUACUUCUCCUGAACGCGCGUUGUCUCCACAAUAAAGUAUGCUAACUACAGUAACUACUCUUCAAGCACCACUGUCUGCCAGUUGUACCAACCUGCCUAUUGGACGGAAUUUAUUGCGAAUUGUCAUUGUCAAGUGACAAAAUGUCAGCAUGACGAAAUAGGGGCCUGGUCACUAUACUCACUAUUCUUUAGAGUUAGACCAAGAAAAGUCUGCAGCAAUUUUGAUAACCCACGCAGUGCAAGUGUUACAUUUACGUCAUUAUUUUAUUCAGAAGUUUGACGUUUAAAAUAAAAUAACACUUGCACUGAGUGGGCUAUCAAAAUCACUGCAGACUUUUCUUGGUCUAAUUCAAGAAGAUAUGUAAUUAGAAGUGUCGUUGGUGCAACUGGCCCUAAAAGUAGCUGAUUUGACUUGUCAGUAAAUAGAUUUUUAGUCGUUUUUGUAGGAAACGACGGACGCCCUAUACAAGCUAACCUUUGGCUGCCAUUUAUAUUUUAAAAUGCGCUGAUAGCUAUAUACAUAUAUGGAAAUUAUGGAAUCUAGGAAAACAGUGAAAAAUGAGACUGGAAAUUAUGGAAAGAAUGUCAUACGAAAUGAGAAAGUUAUAUAAAAAAAAUAUAUGGCUUAAAUAUUUUUGUAAUAACAUUAAACUUUGUAUCUUAGCAGCGUACAUGUUUGUACCAAUUUAAGAUUUUCAUAAAAGAAGCAAUGGAAUCUAGGCUCCAUUUGGCUAGGAAAUUAAAUUUAUAUUUUGGCACUGUCGUUUAGGGUAGCCUUACUCAAGAAAUUAUAAUACGGGCCAAAUUACGCUUGAAAAUAUUUUAAAAAUAUGUACUAUUUUAAAUACACGGCAAAAUGAUAUACUCCCUCAUUCAUAACUCUAUUAAUUUUAUUUGACGCGAAAAACCGGCUAACUCGGCCAUCCCUCCAUACAAAGGUCAACAAUUUUUCUUCUAAUUUUUCCUUUUCAAAACACGAUACCGAAUAUGCCCUUAAACGGAUCCCCACUAUUUUUGUACCACCACCACCUGUAAAUCUAAAUGACAGCGCUAGUGGCCUAGCGGUAAGAGCGUGCGACUUUUAAUCUAGAGGACGCGGGUUUAAACCCCGGCUCGCACCAAUGAGUUUUUCGGAACUUAUGUACGAAAUAUCAUUUGAUAUUUACCAGUUGCUUUUCGAUGAAGAAAAACAUCGUGAGAUUCGUGAGGAAACCGGACUAAUACCAAUAAGGCCUAUUUUCCCGUCUGGGUUGGAAAGUCAGAUGGCAGUCGCUUUCGUAAAAACUAUUGCCUAUGUCAAUUCUUGGGAUUAGUUGUCAAGCGAACCCCAGGCCCAUGAGCCGUGGCAAAAUGUCGGGAUAGCGCGAGGAAGAAGAAGGUCUAAUAAAUAACACAUUAAUACAAGCGGUUCUUGUACCGCAUUUAUGAAUAACGUCGUCAGUCAAUCAAUCAAUAAAAUCGAAACUAAAAUGAUUAUUGAUUAUUGUCUGAUUAGCCAAAAGAAAGAGUCAUGGCCGAAAGACAACGUUGGAUGAUGACAUUUUGUUAACAUUGUUUUAAAUGACAGACAUAUAUAAUAGAGACUGUCCAUGAUAUCAUAUGAUCAUAUGAUAUUUUAAUUCAUCAUAGACCUUUUAACCGUUGUACAUAAGUCGAUGAUAUCAUUUGCCCUAUUUGUACUCUUCGAAUGGUAAAAUCAUAUUAUUUUUAUACUUAUCGGAUCGAUUUUUUAGUAAUUUAACUAUGAAUCGCGCCGGAAAUUAACAUGUAUAGAAAAGAUAAAGUAUGAAGCCAAUUUAACAUUAAUAACUUGAGCCUAGUUUAACUGUAAGAUAUUAUACUAUGUAGUAGUUAUAGCUAUUUGUUUUUUAUAUGGAAAAUGGUGGUAGCAAUGAAAGCGAACAGUUAAAAAAAAAGGUAUAUGCAAGUGUGCACUGAAUUUCAUUUAAGUCAAAAUAAGGCCGAGUUUACUCUUAGCGUAUAAAUCAUUUAUAAUUUUUAAACAUACAGAUUACAAGUUUGAUAUAAGGUGCAGGAGGGGCAAUUUCGACCACGGGGAAAUUAAUCGUAGGUAAUAUCUUCCAUGUUUGACAUUAUUAACUAGAGUCGCACACAACGCAUCUUUUUCGCUAUCUGGAUAUAUGGCACUUUAGUUAAUAAUGUAAAAUAUGGAAGAUAUUUCGAUUAGUUGAAAUUUCCCCGCAGGCGAGAUUGCCCCCCUGCACCUUACACUAAGGUUGUGGAAUUAUAUCUAGACAUUUUAUUGUAAUACAGCAAAUGUACGUAGAGAAGCGAAAAUAAAAUAAGAUACCUACUCAAA